GCUCUCGCUCGCCUGCCAGCGCCUGCCCAGCCGCUGCAGCGCGUCCCUGCACCAGCCGUGUCGGGCAAGCGCGCAGCCGGCUGCUGCUGCUGCCUUCUCGCCGUCUCCUCCUCCUCCUCCUCCUCCUCCUGUGCGCCCCUGCGGAGCCCAGGCGCCCCAGCGGAGCCCGGGCGCCUCGGAACUGUGCCUUUCCCUCCCGCCGCCCUGAACUUUGGAAAGCCCGCUGCAGAGGGGAGAAAAGUGAGACAGUGGAUAUGUUCAGAAAGUACCUCGCCAUGGUGAGCAACAAGUUGCAGAGGGAAACUACAACUCUCAUGAACGACAACAGUGGGUGUUAAUGGAGAAGAGGUCGAAUGACAGCCGGGACUGUGGUCAUCACAGGCGGAAUAUUAGCGACUGUCAUAUUACUGUGUAUCAUAGCAGUUCUCUGCUAUUGUAGGCUUCAGUAUUACUGCUGCAAGAAGGAGGAGUCCGAAGAGGACGGAGAUGAACCAGACUUUGGCAUGGAUUCCCACAUCCCGCCUCUCCACUGCAACCGCAACGUGGCUCUGACGAACGGCCCAUCCUUGUACCGAUCUUCCUCCUCCCCCUACAAGAAGCACUCGCAGUGCCAGACAGUAUGCCCCAGCUGCUCACACUAUGAGCCGCCCACCUUCUUCCUCCAGGAGCCAGAGGAGGAGGAGGAGGAAGAGGAGGAGGAGGUCCAGAAUGGGGGCGACCUCAUCAACUACAAGGCCAUCAGCCAGGAAGACCUGGAGCUGCCCGUCAACAUGAGUGGCCUCCAGGCCCUCAACCCCAACCGCCUCUCAGCCAUGCGGGAGGCUUUCUCCCGCAGCCGCAGCAUCAGCACGGACGUCUAAUGAGUGCCAGCAGCCGUGACCCGCAGCUUGAUGGUGGGUAACGUUGGUGGCAUACAUAUCCUGCUGAUUCCUGCAUUGUAAGGGGUUGGACUAGAUGAUCCUUUGAGUCUCUUCCAACUCUCUAAUUCUUUGGUUCUGUGAAAGGGUGUUUCCCCUCCCCCUUCCCUAAAUACCCUUGUGGCUUAAAAAUAAUAACAUGGCGUCACUCUUUUACAGGACAAAAAAAAUACCCACAGAGAGUCUUUUAAAAAUGAUGAAUGUAUUUAUAUGUUAACGAUGGAUAAUUAUCUAUAUACCUAUUAAAUAAUGCACUGUAUAAAGGGGAGGAGGGAGAAUUAAUAGACUUGAUGGGUGCAUAUAGGUUUUCUAAAGUUUAGUGUUGACAAUAGUUUCUUUUAUAUCUAUAUUUAGCUAUAGAUAGAUAUAGAUAGAUACAUACAGUGGUACCUCAUGUUACAUACUUAAUCCGUUCCGGAGGUCUGUUUGUAACAGGAAACCACUCGUAACAUGAGGUGCACUUUCUCUAAUGGCGCCUCCCACUGCGGCCAUGCCGCCGGAGCGCGACUUCUGCUCGCAUCCAGGGCAAAGGUCGCAACAAGGGGCAUCUACUUCCAGGUUAGCGGAGCGCGUAACCUGCAGCAUUCGUAAGGGGGAUGGUACAUAACAUGAGGUGCCACUGUAUCUAUAUAUAGAUAUAUAUAGAUACAGUGGUACCUCGGGUUAAGUACUUAAUUCGUUCCGGAGGUCCGUUCUUAACCUGA